UAUAAUCAUUAGUACUAUUUAAUUAAUGACUUACAUGAUUCGUUGUUAUGUAUUAUAACAGGUUAAAAUAAUAAAAAGGUUUUUAAAAAAAUAAUUUCAAGCAAAAAUGUUCAAGAAAUUUUAACCUAACUUAGUCAUGGAUAGCGAUAGACAAGAUUUAUCUGCCUUUGUCAAAAAUGUGCACAAAACUUUAAGACUCCAAUCGUCAAAACUAGGUGCUGACAAAGCCUGGAUUGACCAUUGCCUCAAUGAAACUACUUUAAAAAAAUAUGCAGAAUCCAUGCAAACUUUAGCAACCUUACAUUGGGACAAUAAAGACUCCAAAGAACUUUCUGCAAAUUCAAGAAAUGCUUGGAUUGUUAAACAUUGUCAACAGUAUUUUUUUGAGAAUGGUAUUGAAAACCAACGAACAAGAGAGUAUAAAAUAAUAGAAUUGUUAAAUAUGGGUAAUAAAAAUUAUGAUGAGCUAAAUCUAAAUGGUAUUAUUAGAAUGUUGGAUGUCGGUAGUUGUUAUAAUCCUUUUAAGGAUUAUGAUAUGUUUGAUGUUGUAGCAGUAGAUAUAGCUCCAGCUAAUGCCAGUGUGUACAAGUGUGAUUUCAUUUGCCAAGACGAGUACAUUGUUGACAAUGCUGUUUGUAAAUUAAACAACAAUUCAUUUCACACUGUAGUAUUCAGUUUACUUCUAGACUACCUACCUUCAUCAGAAUUACGAUUGAAGUGUUGUCAAAAAGCAUAUGAUUUACUAAAAAUUGAAGGCAUAAUGAUAAUUAUAUUACCAGAUUCAAAACACGUGGGUGCCAAUGCUAAAUUUAUGAAGUGCUGGCGAUAUACACUGUCCACAUUAGGAUUUUCUCGAAUCAAAUAUGAAAAGUUGACACAUAUUCAUUGUAUGGUUUUUAGAAAAAGUUUGAGUCCUAAAGUGCCACAAAGAUGGGCUGAGAUUCAUAAAUAUGAUGAAUUUGAUGUUGUUCCAAUUUUGGCAUUCCGUUGAAGGCACC